GUUGAAAACCAAUUGAAGAAUUUUGCCAAGCAAGCGCCUAAUGAUCGUUUUGCCGAGAAAAUGAGUCCAUUUUUGGCAAAAGCGAAGUCAGAAUGUGAAAUCAUUGAAAAGAUGCAUAACACAAUGAACGCAAGAUGGGAUUCACUGAGGAAGUAUUAUUCGUUCGACCCAAAGAAGUAUAAUUUGGAAGCGUUCUUCCGUGAUUUGAAAUUGUUCAAAGAGCAAUAUGAGAAAGUAAUCCAUGAUUUGGAAAAAGCGCAAGAAGCGAAGGAGCGUGAGGAGCAGAGGAAGCGGCGAGUACCGCUGAAGCCAUUGCAACCAGGAAUUACGGCAUCGCCACUGAGUCACAAUGUUGCAAUAGAGGGAAUUCUGAAGACAGGAAAGCAAGAUUCUGGUGUUGUGGAUGAGAUUGAAAAAAUCUUGGAGGCAGGAUGUUUGGAUGGAGGGGAACGGCGAACACCGAGGAGGACACCGCGCACUCGCGUUGACCCAAUGCUGAAUCAUAAUUAUUAUUUUAUGGACAUUGAUGUUAAUACAUAG